UAAAGUUGAUAAUUGUUGAGAAAAAUAGUGCAAAUUUGUUAAAAAUACACAGAAAAUUAAUUAAAAAUAUGGCUAAAGAUAAAGUGAAUAAAAAAGAAAAGCCAAAAAGUGAAAAUAAAGUCCAACAAAAUGAUACUGCAAAACCAACAAGUGGCAUUUGGCAAGAUGAACGUUUUCAGCAUUUGGUGUCGGAUCCGCGCUUCAAAAGUCUGCCCAAACAGCAAAGGAAAGUUAAAAUUGAUAAACGUUUCCAGGGCAUGUUUACAAAUGAUAAAUUUAAAGUGAAAUAUACAGUGGACAAAUACGGUCGUCGUGUAAAUAAAUCAAAUGCCGAGGAUUUGAAAAAGUUUUACGAGUUGGACUCGAGUGCUGAAGAAAGCGACGAAGAAAAGGAGGGAAAACAAAAUGUAGAAGAAGAAAGUCAGGAUGAAGAAGCCAAGGCCAGCUCUUCUGAAGGAGAGGAAGAUGAGGAAAGAGAAAAAGAAGAAAAGGCCAUAAUACAACAGGAAGGUGAAGUAGAUGAAAAUGAUGAAUUGAUUAGUGAUGGCGAGGAGGUGCCCAAAAGUUUGCGUGAACGUUUAGUAGAUCCCAAUAUUGAUUAUGCCAGAGGAGAGGGACGUUUAGUAACCGAUUCCUCCUCGGAUGAUGAAUCUUCAGAAGAUGAAGAUCCUGAAAUGUAUAUAGAUCAUGUAUGGGGUGAAUUGGCCAAUGAUGCAGAGACUACAGAAGAUUCCACCAAACGUUUGGCGGUAUGCAACAUGGAUUGGGAUCGUGUCAGGGCGGUCGAUUUAAUGGUGUUGUUUAGUUCAUUUCUGCCACCCGGCGGCUCUGUUUUAAGUGUGAAAAUUUAUCCUUCAGAAUUUGGCAAGCAACGUUUGAAGGAGGAAGAAUUACAUGGGCCACCAGAAUUGGUGGGUUUGGGCAAAGAAGCCUCGAAACAGAAUGGCAGUUCAAAGAAACAAAAUGAAGCAGACUCCUCCGAUGAUUCUGAUGAUGAUAAUGAAUUGGUGGAAGAACAAGACAGUGAUGCUGGUGAAGGUGAUGACUAUCACAUGGAAAAGUUGCGGCAAUACCAACUUAAUCGUUUGCGUUACUAUUAUGCUGUGGUGGAAUGUGAUUCUGUACCAACCGCAGAUAAAAUCUAUCACGAAUGUGAUGGCAUAGAAUAUGAAAGUUCAGCCACAAAAGUCGAUCUGAGAUUUAUACCCGAUGAUACCUCCUUUGAGGAGGAUGAGCCCACAGAGGUAUGCACUGAAUUGCCAGAUGCCAAUAGCUACAAACCCAGACAGUUUACCACCACAGCUUUGCAGCAGGCCAAAGUAGAUUUAACUUGGGAUGAGACAGCGGUAGAUAGAAAAGAAUUGGGCGAUAAAUUAUCAUCUGGAAAACUUGAAGGUAUUAGUGAUAAAGAUUUGCGUAAAAUAGUGGCCUAUAGCAGUGAAGAAGAGCAAGACGAGGAGGGAGAUGAUGAAAAGGAAGAGGAAAGUGAAAUUGAAGAAGAAACUAAAACAACCAAGGAUACUAAACAAGAAAAGAAAAAAUCGAAGAAAAAAUCCCAAAAGAAAGAUGAAGUUAUUAACAAAUACAAGGCUUUGUUAGCGGAAAUCAAUGAAAAGGAAGAAAAAGAAAAGGAAAAAAAGAAAUAUCAAAUGGAAUUCUCUUGGGAAGUGAAUAAUGAUAAAACAAAUCCCUUCAAAGAUGAUGAAAUUGAGGAAGAAACCAAAAAACCCCAAGCCAAUCUUACGCCCAUAGAAAAGGUUUUGCAAAAACGCAAUGAAAAGAAUAAAAAACGCAAGGAGGAAAGAAAGAAAAAGAAAAUGCAAACAAACGGCCAAGAUUCCGAGUCUGAGCUCGAUUCCAUACCCGAUAAUAUUGACAUGGACGAUCCCUAUUUUGCUGAAGAAUUUGCUAAUGGCGAUUUUGAGGAUCCCCAAGCCAAACGUAAAGAAAAACAGAAGAAACAAAAACAAUUAAAGGUUGAACAAGAGCAAGAAGAUGAGAAACAGGCCAAAGAAUUGGAAUUACUGUUGGAUGACAAUGAAGAAGAUGAUGGCAAACAACACUUUAGUUUGGAUAAGAUACUAAAAAGUGAACAAGAAACUAAAUCUAAAAAGAAACGUAGAAAACAACUUAUGAAAUCGAAAAAAUCUGUAGAAGAAUCCCAAAAACCCGUGGAAGAUAAUUUCGAAUUGGAUAUUAAUGAUCAACGUUUUAAGGCUGUAUUUAGCUCGCAUGAAUUUAAUAUAGAUCCUACUGAUUCUCACUUUAAGAAAACCAAAGCCAUGGAACAAUUAAUACAUGAAAAACUUAAAAGAAGACAUGGUGAUGGUGAUGAGAAAACCACAACUAAUUCACAAACUAUUGCAGAAGCAGAAGAAAGUGUUAACAAAAAACCCAAAAAACAUAUUGAAAAUAGUAUGUUGGUGAAGAGUCUUAAACGCAAAAUACAAAUGAAACAACAGGGUAAAUAAUUGCAAAUAAUUGCCAGCUAAAAUGGUGAGUGAUUAGAGCAAUAUGUAGUUAUAGUUUUUUGUAGAG